AAAAAAGAGCGGACCUGACCAAUUCGUGGACGGCACCUGUUUCUGCACUUGAGUUUGUUUGGUUCGAAUUUGAAACAACCCGCGGGCUUGGAACCAGUGGUGCUUUCGAGGUUUUUAUUUUUAUUUAUUGUCUCGCAAAGGAGAGAGACACGAGACACGGGAAGAAGAAGAGUGGGAAGUGGGAAAUAAUAACCCAUAAGGUGCAUCUUGGGUGUGACAUCCAGUAACCAAAAUGUCUACAAUCCAACAGCUUAAGAAUUUCAUCCGCCAUGGCAAACAGGCCAGGGUAAGCAACUACGAAGAGCCCUCGCGGAAACAUGAAUAUUCUCCCCCGCAACCUGCGCAGCAAAAAGCCAUGGGCAACAUAAGCGAGCCCGGCCACUCGGCCGGCAACGGUCACCGUCACAAUGCCGCUGAAGCCUACUCCGCCCAGCCCGGCGACAUACAAAACCCAAGUCGCGUCGCACAGGCCGAUGCCGCUGCUGCCCACCAUGUCGAAGCUAAGCAGCACGUAUCCGGUACCCAUUCGAAUAAGAGCAGAAGCCGAGUAGACGAUACCCAUGCCGCAAAGAUCGUACAAGAGGAGAACGAGAAUAGGAAUAGGUUCCCUAAGUAUCCCGGUCUAGAAAGAUGGGAACUACUUGAGAAGAUGGGGGAUGGGGCGUUCAGUAAUGUUUACCGAGCAAAAGACCUGAAAGGCAAUGCUGGCGAAGUUGCUAUCAAGGUCGUCCGAAAAUUCGAGAUGAACAACAUGCAGGGUAAUAAGCAUCUCCAUCCGGACUUCAAAAAGGUUCCUAAGGCAGCAGAGCGAGCGAAUAUACUGAAAGAAGUCCAAAUCAUGCGCCAGUUGGAUCAUCCAAAUAUCAUCAAGCUUGUUGACUUUUCCGAGUCCAAGCAGUAUUAUUAUAUUAUCCUGGAGCUGGCACCCGGCGGAGAGCUCUUCCACCAGAUCGUUCGCCUCACCUAUUUCAGUGAAGAUCUUUCGAGACACGUCAUCGUUCAAGUCGCAAAAGCCCUCGAGUUCCUUCACGAAGAGAAGGGUGUUGUGCACCGUGACAUCAAACCCGAGAAUAUCUUAUUCAGUCCGAUACCGUUCGUCCCAUCAAAGAACCCCAAGCCAACGCAGCCUGGCGACGAAGAUAAGGUCGACGAAGGCGAAUUCAUAAAAGGAGUUGGUGCAGGAGGGAUUGGCCAGAUCAAAAUUGCCGAUUUUGGCUUGUCAAAGAUUGUAUGGGAUGACCAAACCAUGACGCCUUGCGGCACAGUUGGCUAUACAGCCCCUGAGAUAGUCAAGGAUGAGCGUUACUCCAAGUCGGUGGAUAUGUGGGCCCUCGGCUGCGUAUUAUACACGUUAUUAUGCGGCUUUCCGCCCUUCUACGACGAAAGCAUAGAGGUUCUUACGGAGAAGGUUGCUAAGGGUCAAUACACUUUCUUAUCACCAUGGUGGGACGACAUCUCCAAGUCUGCUCAAGAUUUAAUAACCCAUCUUCUCUGCGUCGACCCUGACGAGCGUUAUACGAUCAGAGAAUUUCUGAGCCAUCCGUGGAUACAAGGAUCCGGUCCUACGCCUCGUGACGAGAAGAAGCAGACGAAUACAGAAGCCCUACGCGCAUUCGACACCGGACGACUCAUCGACGGCGAGCGUCGCAUGGAUUUCCGAUCACCUGGUGCGGUGAACCUCCGAGAGAUUUUCGAUGUUGGAUACUCUGUACAUCGACAGGAAGAGGAAGCCAAGCGGAGAAAGCAGAUCGGCGCCAAGGGUGCUGCACCGUCGCGACUGGCUGGUCUUCACGAAGAUUCCGAAGAGGAGAAAUCGGACCCAGAAUACGUUCAUAAAGCUGAGGCACAAUCGCUGGAGCAAAGCAUGCGCAAGACGCAUCUUGGCAAGGAGCAUGAACGCGGCCGAGCGCAGGAACGACAAGCCGACAGAGAGCAGAGAGGAUAUGGGCAGCACAGCGCUACUGUGGCUCAAGCUGCCCGACAGCAGGUUCGUGAUCGACAUAAGCAGCGAGGAGCCUUUGAACUCAACCUGGACGGGGCGACGUUACUCGGUAGGCGAGCGGGAAAGACUUCUGCAGCUGCUAGCGUCGGGAGCUUAUAGGAUAAGACAACCGACAAGCAGAAGGAUGAUACCAAGCGGAGACUUGAGCAUGAAAAUCGUUAGCAUUAAGUUGUUGAUUCUAAGAACAUCUGGACUGAGUUUCUCAAACAAGCGCGGAGAACGGAUUUCGGAGGCAUUGAAGCAUGUGAUAUUGGUUUGAAUGAACAAUACGGGGGAGUUCUUGUGGCUUUUUGUCUUUUUGCACCAUUGAUCCGCAGCGCUUCACACAUAGGACUAGGCGUUCCCGGAAUCGAGAUACAUAUUUCGCCCUGUUCAAUUGAUGGGGGUUUAACGUGAAUAGUAAUAAUGUCGUCCCUACAUUCUUCGCUAUGGUAAAUUUGGUCUGGCCGUUUUCGGUAUUGGCUCUCCAAUCCUAUAGAUUGCUGUGCUAGUCUCCCUUCGUAGUAUAUUGGCGGCACAUCGCCUGUGACUACCUAGCCCUUCCUACUGGAUUUGAGACAUGCUGGCUCAUUAGUGUAGCACACCCCUAUUGUACGCAACCGAAUUAGG